UUCCUUCCUGUACCGUCUGCGAGGAGGACCUGGGACCAAGCUGCGGGGAAAGCCCCUCCGACCCAUCCACUCCCCUCGGAGGGACAGCAAGAUCCGGAGGGGCUAGAGUUCUGGGCCGCCAAGCUGUAGCCAUGACUGCGCGUGGGACCCCGAGCCGUUUCCUGACUAGUGUCCUCCACAACGGACUGGGUCGCUACGUGCAGCAGCUGCAGCGCCUCAGCUUCAGCCUCAGCCGCGAUGCGUCCUCGUCCCGCGGCGCCAGGGAGUUCGUGGAGCGAGAGGUGAGCAACUUCGCGCGACAGAACCCAGGAGUGGUAAUAUACGUGAACUCCCGGCCGUGCGCCGUGCCCAGAGUAGUGGCAGAAUACCUUAACGGGACCGUGCGGGAAGAAAACAUUAACUCCAAGUCGGUGGAGGAGAUCACAACGCUGGUGCAGAAGCUGGCAAACCAGUCGGGUUUGGAAGUAAUCCGCAUCCGCAAGCCUUUCCACACGGACAACCCUAGCAUCCAGGGCCAAUGGCAUCCCUUCACCAACAAACCGACGACCCUUGGCGCGAUGCGACCCCGGGAGGUCCAGGGUCUUGCCCCAUCCCAGAUGCAAGCGCAGUGAAGAGUUUCCGCCCAUCCCCAAGCCCUUUGUAUUGUUGCCACAAUAGAGGUGGCUCUCCAAGAACCACCAGUAGAGGUGGGAUUCCAAGCUAAGGCAGAUAAGUGGAACCCACCUACCGGUGGCUUGGUGCAAAGGUCUUGCUUGGGAUAAAGGAGAACUGUUUUUUUUCCAGUGCCCACACAGUGACUGUGUGAAUCCCCUAAUUCCAAUCCAGUUGGUAUCCCUGAAACCCAAGAUGAGCAAACCUUGAAGUUUUUUGUACAGGGUUCUUGUUUUCUGAAGUCUGAAAUGGUAAUAGUGAUUACAAAACACAGUGAGGGCUGGUGGAAUGGCUCAAGUGGUAGAGCCUCUGCUUAGCAAGCAUGAGGCCCUGAAUUCAAACUCCAGUAUUAAAAAAAAAAAAAAACCACAGGGAGAGAUCUCAAGGCUGGCUUCUCAAAGAAUCCCUGCUGCGCUUAGAGAUGGCUUUUCUCUGCUGUGGCCUAGCAUUGGGCAAGACACCGAUCCAUGUGAACAUUUGUGUACAGAUUAGAAGAUCUGGGGCAUCAAACUUACCCAAAGUCACACUUGGAGGUCUUAAUUCCAAAAUGUGUGGAUAUUAAGCAUAAACCUCAUUUUUCAUUAUCUUAAUAUCAGAAGCAGAGUGUAGAACCCUUCAAUGUGGUUAGUGUUAAAAUCAGGUGUCUAGGCCUGACUCCUGGAGGGAGAUUCUCAGACCAGGUUCCUUUCCCUGUACUCCCACCUCAAGACACCUCUUUGUACAGAAAUUGUGUCUUCACUUAGACUAGGGGAUAGGAGGUGCUAAAAAGCUCAGAGAAAAGCAGGAGGGCUAAUAAGGAGUAUUUUGUAGGUUUAGUGGUACAUGCCUGUAGUUUCAGCUCCUCCAAAGGCUCACUUGAUCCCAGGAGUCUGAGACUGGCCUGGGCAACAUGGUGACACCUCCAUCUCAAAAAAUAGAUACUGAAGGGGGGUGAUGAAAAAGCCAGGAAUGAAGUUAGAAACCCUUGUGUGAAAUCUUACUUUUUGUUGUUUGUCAUGACCUUGUCACCACAAUCAAUGAAUAAUAAGAUCUUUAACCAAA